CUCGGCGGCCGCGGCUCCAACACACUCCCCGGCGGCUCCAACCCACUCCCCGGCAGCCCAGGUAGGAGGCAGAGGUACAGGCGAUACUGUGCAGCCCAUCCCCAAAGUGUUUGCAAAGCGUUCCUCCUCUCCUGGUGUUCCCCAGCUACGGGCCGGCCGGGCUGACAUGUCGCUGUUGGGACAGAGCCAGCGAUGGUUCCCCACACAUGUCCAGGUGGUGGUACUCCGCGCCCGGGGGCUCCGAGCCAAGGGCCGGGACGGAACCAACGACGCCUUUGUCAUCAUGCAACUGGGUAAGGAGAAGUACUCGAGCUCGGUGGCCGAGAAGAGCCGUGAGCCGCUGUGGAGGGAGGAGGCCGAGUUCGAGCUGCCGCCCCUGCUGCAACAGGCCAGCCCCGACAAGGGCACUACCCUCUAUCUCAUCGUAACCCACCGGGCUCUGGUGGGCUUGGACAAGUUCCUGGGACAGGCGGUGAUCGACCUGAGGGAACUCUACCAUCACAAGACCAAUAACAAAGUGGGAUGGCACAAGCUUCAGUCCAGGCAGGGUAAGAAGGAGAAGGAACGAGGGGAGAUCGAGGUGGACAUCAGGUUUGUGAGGAACAAUAUGACGGCCAGCAUGUUCGACCUCUCCAUGAAGGACAAGUCCAGGUCGACUCUCGGCAAGCUGAAGGACAAGUUGAAGGGAAAGAAGAAGGAUGGGUUCUCUGACUCCGCCUCAGCCAUUGUCCCCAGCAUCAGUACCCCAGUGGACAGCGAUGAUGAGAACAUGGUAGCGGGGCAGAAGAAGAAGAAGAAAUCCAAGCUGAAGAUGCUGUUCCCCAAAUCCAACCUGCAGCGGACAUCCCUGUCGCAGUCCAUGUCCGUCAUCCCCACCGGCCCAUCCUCUCCAGCUGACCUCAACAAGGAAGCUCGCACCUUCGCUGAUGAGGACUUCACUGAGAUACAGCUGCACACCUCCCCUGAAGAGGAGGACGCGAGCAAGGAUAUGCAUGUACCGAAGAUCAUGGGCCACAAAAGGUCUUCUAGUGAAGACACCAAGCAGCUGACUCUGGCCCCAUCCACGGCGGGGAAGAAGGAGACCCUGUCGUUGUUCAGUGGCCUGAGGCCAAAGAGUGACCCUGUGUCGCAGUCCAAUCUCUGCAUCAACGGCAGCCAUGUGUACGCAGAGGAACCCAACCCCAUUCUCCACUCCAAACCAAAGAGCGAUUCGAAGUUGCAGUCCAACAGCCAGUUCUACGCCUCUCUGGAGGACCUACCUUCCAAGUUGUCCCCCUCUCCCUUGGAGACCCAACCGCACGCGGGCUUCAGUGACCAAGCCUUGAAAUCUGUCGCCCCGCCCGGCCCCCAGCGACUCGGCAGCACUGGUGACCUGACCGUUGUCCAGAGGCCGGAUGGGCCAAAGGAGAAGGACACCGGAUUCUCCAGGAGCUCCGGGAAGGAAGAGGAGGGGGGUAAAAACGCGGACUCCUCCAACGCCCCUGGAGCAGGUUCAAAGCCCCUCAACCCCUUUGAGGAAGGGAUCAAGGAAGAGGAGCGGAUCGCUCGGCCAGUGCCCAAGGCGGAGGUGGUUAAAGACGAAGGGGUGACCAAAAAGGAGGAGCCCAAACGUGGGGGCUUAAUGUCCCUGUUUCCCAGGAAGACCGAGGCCGUCAAAGCUUCCAACACAAAGGAGCCACUGAACCCCUUUGACACAGUGGAGGCAAAGAAGCCACCAUCCUCCUCGGUGUGGUCAACCAGGACUGCAGCCAUCAAACCCAAAUUGGACGUGUCUCCAAAGUUCGAAACCAAAGCCAACUCUCUGUCAUCUUUCCUUUCUGAUCCCUCUUCUCCUUCCUCCUCUGCUCCCAGCGACCCCUUUAGCUCAGCUCCUGCCAUCGGCCCGAGAGGCUCUGACCUUUCCAGCCGACAUUUGACCAAUAGUCCACCCCUGCCCUCCAAGUCAGACUCCUUGGGACUUCGGCCAUCUCGUGUAGAUGAGUCCGGCCUCACCCCUUCGCUUCUGCCUCUUGUUGCAGGCUCCUCCUCCUCUUCCAUGGCCAUAGAUACCCAGACGAACCAGCUGCCCAGCCCUGAGAUAGUUGGAGGAAGGCCUUUGGAGGUUGGGGCAACACCCAGGCAAGGGAGCAAGGUGUCGCCUCGACUCUUGCUCCAGGAGCUGACCACAAGGGGACAGAACGCAAGAAGUGACCAGCGAUCCCCAUCUGAUGGAGAGGAGGACUCUGCCAUUGUGCAUCCUGAUGGUUCAUCUCAAGAUGUUCCACUUGAAACUAUUCCAGUGGACACAACUGUAAUCCUGGAGGAAGGCAAGAGAGUGGGCAGUGAAGAUGAGAGAGUGGGCAGUGAAGAUGAGAGGGUGGGCAGUGAAGAUGAGAGAGUGGGCAGUGAAGAUGAGAGAGUGGGCAGUGAAGAUGAGAGGGUGGGCAGUGAAGAUGUGAGCCCUGUGAAGAUGCCUGCCAGUGAUGCUUCACAAGGAAAGAUGUCCAUGGACCAUCCAGCCUUAAUCAACCCUAAUCCUGUCCGAACAUCAACCACCAGCCAUCCCACCACGCCUGUGCCCAAAGUGCCACCCCGUAGCAGUGUGCCCAGUUCAGGGGCACCUCCUGCUCCGAAACCGGAGCAAAAUGUCCCACCAGUUCCUGCCCCAAGGAGUUUGCCCACGAUGAACAAAGCAGUCGCCCUUGAUGCCUCAUCGAGAUCUGCAGAAGGGCAGCCUCUGAAGGACUUGAUGCAUUUUGAGUGGGAUGCGGAACCAGUCACAGAGUCUGCUGCAGGUGGAGGGACAGAUGGUACUUUGGCAGCGGGGACACCUGUCAACAAUCUGUCCCUGUGUGAACCACAGGGAGAUGACCACGGUGGCCCGCUGGUGGCCACACACAAGCCUGAGCCUUGCUCCAUCUCCGGCCUGAACCUUGCUUCUCCAACGGAGAUGACUGAUGAUUACCCACUCGUGGUGGUGGAGGAGGAGAACGUGGACAUGGACAUGGACAGCCCUUCCACUCUGCAGCCCAGCGGGCAGAUGGUACUUCCUGAGAAGAUGGAACAUGUUGCAGAAGAUCCUUUGGCAAGUGAGCUAGAAGUGGUGGGUGAUGUUGGUCAUGUGUCACCACCUCCAGGACCUCCAGCUCCACCCGCUGUGACCCUGGUCUGGCAGGCAGAAGCCCAGACCUCUCCUGACCCCAACCCAGAUCUGACCCACGUCACCCCAGCCGAUUCUGACCAUCCGGCCAACUUGCAGCCUGUGGCGAUCGAACCCAAUGAUGGCAAUGCCAACCAAUGGUUGGUCAACGGAAUCAAAGGCCACGAUGCAGUGACCUCUGACAAAGGUGGAGAAUCUCUCGAACAUAGCCUAGCCCUCACCAAUAAACGCGAGAGUGUAGAACUACCCAUGAAAGAUGACCGUGUCCAUCCAGAACUAACGGCUAAUGCGGCCACCCCCGCUACUCUGGAAAUUGCUGCCGUUACUUUGGACAUGGGAGACGAGACCUUCACUGGACAGGAGCUACAAGCUUCUGAGAGGGCAGCUGUGGUUUCUUCCAUUUCCACCCCAUCGGUUGGGUCUGGUCGGCUUGAGGCUUCACCUGCAACUGUAGAUUCUGUCGGGUUCUUGGUUCCUCCUCUGUCUCCUUCUGUGCUGUCACGGCCUGCCUGCCCCCUGCCCGACAACCCCCCUCCAGCAGGGAGAUCCCACGGAGUGGAGCACUCUGGCCAGAAGAUGCUGAUUCAAGCGAGGGUUGUGCCUACCGAGACACAACCAAUCCAUCCCCCGGGCAAUGCAGCAACAGCACUUUACAAACGCAGACUUCACCCUGUGAAGCCCAUGAAUGCUGCAGAAACAAGAUCUAAUGAAAUAGCUUCGGAGGAGAAUCUGAAGACAAAGAUCAAGAAUACGAGUUUAUUGGUGACCAAGUCUUCCGCUGGUCACUCUUUUGCAGUCAAUGAAAAUCAAAGUCAUCCCAAGGACUACAAUCGCUCUGACCCAGCCUCUGCCUACGCCCAGCUCACACAUGAUGAGCUGAUCCAGCUGGUCCUGAAGCAGAAGGAGCUGAUCACCAAGAAGGAUGGCCACGUGCGGGAGCUGGAAAACUACAUCGACAACCUGUUGGUCCGCGUGAUGGAGGAGACCCCCAACAUCCUCCGGGUGGCCUGCCCGCCCAACAGGAGGGCGGAGAGAGUGUGAGGCGGGGGAGGGAGUGGGGACCAAGGCCGAGCUAAGGCGAGGAGUGAGAUCGAGGACGUUGGCGCUGAGCUCCAAGAUGAUGCCUUGCACCAAACCGUACACUGAAAGGUUCGUCGUUGGGUGGAAGCUGACCCAGUGAACGCGGGUGUGGGGUCUUGGCUCCGGUUUAGAUCCCCAUCCAACGUUCCCCUCGAGUGAUGUUCAGGUGCCUCAAGUACCGGAGCAGUUGUCCAAGUCUGAUAACGCUCCAGAAUUGUGUCUUCACAAGUCUGGGUUUGAGUGUCGGGAGAAGGGAACGGGUCUGGAAAUGCGUUGUGUUAGGCAGGUCUGAUCCAAUAAUGGCCCUGCUCCUCCCCCAACCCCCCCUCCCCAACCCCCCCCACCUCCCCAACCCCCCCCACCUCCCCAACCCCCCCCUCCCCAACCCCCCCUCCCCAACCCCCCCUCCCCAACCCCCCCCUCCCCAACCCCCUUGCCUUUCAGAACAAGAACACAACACAGCGGCGAUCUGUGCGUGAUCUCUCCGUUGGGUUAAAUCGAUUCUCUGAGUGUCACCGCCCACACACAUCACCUUUGACCUGUGAACAGAAUUAACUUUGACCCACCCCAUUACAAUCUGUGCAUCAUCAUGUUUCCAGACUUCCUGUAUUGACAUGAAAUUAAGACGCCCUUGCGAUUGUUCGGCUGUUUUUAAACACC